UGUGCUUCACUUUGCAGUUUAGUGAUUCCGUUCCUACGUUUGGGAGAAGCCGUGAGUGGUGGAUCUCAUUUUGCUUUGACCUCUGAUGCAUUAAAGCAGGUCUUGACUGGUCAGGCUUCAUGGGAAGUCUUGCUGAGCAUUUUCCAUGCGUUGUUGGGCUGGCUUGUUGCUACUCCAUUCAUCCUGGCAGGGCUUUAUGUACUGUUUUUACCAUGUUUCACAUUCUUGGUUCGUAAAUUCAGUAGCGGUCAACCAAUCAAAAUCAAUAGUGUUCCUUCAAGUCCGAAGAAGAUUGUUUCUUCAAGCCCAAAAAAGGCUGUUCAACCCCUUACAGAAGUCAGGGUUAAAGUGAGGGAUGUAUAAUGUUCUUUGAAACUAAUGUAUUAGCUUCUCUUUAGUAGUUCUUGUAAUGGAACAUCAAGAAUUCCGGCAUUUCUGUACAUGUAUCAAGUUUAAAAUCCAUUGAAAACUGUUACAAGUGAUAUUGAAAUUAUGGUGUCUAUUUUGGUUAUCCUA